AUGUCAGACUCUUUCCAAACAUCGAUUUCUGACCUCACAGGCAUCAACGUGCCGUCGAACAAUUCGUGCGAGUGGAUUUUCCAAGGCGAUACAAUUUCCUUGAACCAAUACUCUGGUGACAUCGCCGAAGACCUUGCUUCAGACUUGGUCGAUGAACUCUCUACCAGUUGCAACUUUGCGGCAGCGAAGAGCGACAAACACAACAAAUUUGUGAAUACGUCGGCACGGUAUUCUUUUGACCAUCAUCUACCCGACAGUACUUGUGUUGUUAGCUCGUAUGCAGAUGCGGAAACCUUCAUGAGACCGCACUAUAUCGACCCAUCCUCCGAAUCGAUGUCACAGUCCUCGAUCUUUAUCCCGACUCCAACUACCUCCGUUGAUUAUAAUGGGGAUAGCAACAUCCUCACAAGCCAAAACGACUCGGUCGGGUUGCAGCACCAAUUUGCACAUUCGAUUUUCCCCACCAAUACCAAUGGCUCUACACCUCUCGACACUUGGGUGGAAACCCCCGAACGUCAUGAGCAGAUCGGCCUCAACAUGUCAGAUCCUACAACUCAUCCGGCCAUACAAAAGAAAGGCAAGAAAAUAGCUGGCGAGUAG